UAUAUGGCGAAAAGGAGGGGGGAGGAAAUGAUUAUUGUUCAAUUGGAGGGUGUCUUAACCAUUUUCACCCUUUCUUUUUCAUGGCCAAACGACCACUUAAUUUUCAUUUUUGUCUUUGUUCUUUUUGUCCUUUUUUUCUCAGCAUAAACUACUAAGCAUCUCCGGAAAGGCGUUGUGCCGUCAUAACAGGGUUUGAGUGAUUGGAAUACUUGCAAUGAAUCCGUUAACGUUAGUGAAGCGUAUUCAGAAUAUUAAUGCCAAAGAAGCAUCUUUGGGAAUCUCCGAUGAUGCAUCCUGGCAUGCCAAAUACAAAGAUUCAGCUUAUGUAUUUGUUGGUGGCAUACCUUUUGACCUUACUGAAGGUGAUGUCCUCGCCGUUUUCGCCCAGUAUGGGGAGAUUGUUGAUGUCAAUCUUGUUAGAGAUAAAGGUACAGGCAAGUCGAAGGGUUUCGCUUUUGUUGCUUACGAGGAUCAAAGGAGUACAAUUCUCGCUGUGGAUAACUUAAAUGGUGCACAGCUUUCGGGUAGAACAAUCAGAGUUGAUCAUGUUUCCAACUAUAAAAAGAAAGAAGAAGAGGAUGAAGAGACACAGAGGAAAAAGAGGGAGGAGCGAGGGGUCUGUCGCUCUUUCCAGAGGGGUGAAUGCAAUCGUGGUGCUGCGUGCAAGUUCUCUCACGAUGAGAAGAGAGCUGCAAACACAGGCUGGGGUGCUGAGGAAGAUCGAAGUACGAGAUGGUCGCAUGACAAAGUUGAAGAUUCUAGGAAGGAUAAAAGAUCUGGCCAAUGGAGUCGACCUCCACGUCCUGAUUACAAGGAAGAGGUCAAAGUCUCUGAUAAAGAUCCAAGAACUUAUAAAGCAAAAAUCAGUGAUAUAGGAAGACAUGAGCAGAGAGAUUUAACCACAAGAGAUCAUUAUAAGAGAGAUGUCGAGCAGCACAGGUCAGAGCGGAAGGAAAAGGAAAGUAAUUACAAAGAAGACGACGUGGAUAGGUCGUCACAUGUGGAGAGAAGGUCUAGGUGGUAUAAUGAUGAACAAAACUCAGGGGAAGCUAUUGAGAGAAAAUCUAGGAGGCAUGAUGAUGUGACCUCAAAGGAAUAUGAUGAUAGGAGAGAUGAAAGAAGACAAAAAAGAUACAAAUCUGAAUCUUAUGUUGUUGAAAAAAGAGAGAGCAGGGAACGGCAGAAAGGAGCUCGUCUUGAUGAAAGGGAUGAAGAAAAUCGCAGCCGAAGAUCACGUAGAUAAUGGUCGCUUGAUUUAGGACUUCAGCUUUAUGUGUUGCGCUGGUGCAUAGAUGAGAAUUGAAUCAUAUUAAAUUUGCAACUUCAUUUCCAGUUUCGAGUACAAUGCCUUAUCCGAUAGUUAGAGGCGAAAUAUCUCAGUGCAAUUACAGUUCUUGCCGGAAGGAUACAAGUGGCCAUUUGCUGUACUUAUAAGCUGAUCGUGUGUCCAUUUUUCCUUGUAAGAGCAAUAUUAAGCCCUUUUUCCCUGAACUUGAGCCUCAACCUUAUCGAACGUGAGAUCCAUUUUACCUGUCUCAUUGUUGUAAAACUUGAAAGUCAUCUAGUUUUCAGCGCAUGACACCAAUUAGAUUAGCUGUUUUUAGCUAAUCUAGACUGAACCACAGCUGCAGAAGUGCACUUAUUUUGAUGUACAAAACUUUGCUUUCACGUUUACUGUUUUUAUAUACUGAUUAAAUGCUGAUUCACGGGCUCUUGUAUUUCA